UCAGCACUGGGGUCAGCUGGGGUAAGGUGCAGAGAAUCUCCCUAUACAUUCCUUUACAACUUGCUUUAAAUUAAUAAUUAUUUCAAAAUAGAAAGUUACAAAUGAAUAAAUGGAUAGAUAGGUAAAUAAAUGGAACCUGACAUUGGAGAGCUAUUUAGCAUCCAUUCUCUUCUGCUGCUAUUUAAGAAACACUUCUAGAAGUCAAGGCCUUUACACAUAUUAUACUUCGGUUACUCCUCUCAAAAAUCCUGAAUAAUAGGUAUUAUUAUCUCUAUCCUGCAGAUGGAGAAGCAGACUCAGAAGCAUAAAGCCACUUGCCCAAGGGCCUCUGUCUGUCAAGAGCACACACUCGUGCCCACUCCGCACCACUCCUUCUACCCUUGAAGGCCACACCAGUCAGCAGAUGGAAUACCCCAUCUGACACACUGCCAGGGGUGGACUUGCUCACCUAAGAGGGCCUGGGGCCUGGGAUGGGGGAAGCCCAUAAGCAGGUCUUGAUGGGGAAAUCAGAGGGUCAGUCCCUGGAGGGCAAGGUCAGCUCCUGGGAAGUAGUUGGGGAACUGGGCCACUCCUUCUCUUCUGUCUGCACCUACCCUUGAAGCUGGCCCUGGCCCAGUGCGGGCACACCAGGGACACUCCCCAGCACUGUUCCCUCCCUAUUCUUUCCUGACUGGCUCCCCAUCAGGUCACCCACCCCUAACCAAUGCCAUCUCCCCUUUUACAGAGCUGAACUUCAUCACCCAGUCCCCAGAGGCAGCAAGACAUGGGCCCCAUUUUCCAAAUCCUGACGGCUCUCAUUUAACCAGAAGACUUGGAGGGGAGCCACCGCCCCUGACCAUGUAGAUACCAGCUCCAGGGAGCAACAUGGGCCCCACUGAAUGGAGACUCCUGGGUCUACAGCCCUGAGCCCCUCCGGCCCCUGGACGUUGCCCCGUGCCCAGGGACACCCCUUGGAGCUCACCACCGCAGUCGCCAGCCCACCUCGGCCACCCCCUCCCCCUGGGACCCAAAGUCGGCCACCAGGAGUCACAGUCAUCCAGUGAGGUUGUGCUAAGGACAGCCACGUGGAGCCAUCGCCCAGCAGCCUCUGGUCCAGUGCUGACUCUCGGGCCCACCCCGAGCAGGGACUGGAGCAAACAUGGGUGACAUGACCAACAGCGAUUUUUACUCCAAAAACCAAAGAAAUGAGUCAAGCCAUGGGGGCGAGUUCGGGUGCACAAUGGAGGAGCUCCGCUCCCUCAUGGAGCUACGGGGCACCGAGGCUGUGGUCAAGAUCAAGGAGACUUAUGGGGACACUGAAGCCAUCUGCCGGCGCCUCAAAACCUCACCUGUCGAAGGAUGUGCGACGGCCCAGGGUGGGGCAGAGGAUGAAGGGGAGGCAGAGGCCGGCUGGAUCGAGGGGGCGGCCAUCCUCCUCUCGGUCAUCUGUGUGGUCCUGGUCACGGCCUUCAAUGACUGGAGCAAAGAGAAACAGUUCCGGGGCCUGCAGAGCCGCAUCGAGCAGGAGCAAAAGUUCACCGUGGUUCGGGCUGGCCAGGUGGUCCAGAUCCCUGUGGCCGAGAUUGUUGUUGGGGACAUCGCCCAGGUCAAAUAUGGUGACCUCCUCCCUGCUGAUGGCCUCUUCAUCCAGGGCAACGACCUCAAGAUUGAUGAAAGCUCCCUGACGGGGGAGUCUGACCAGGUGCGCAAGUCCGUGGACAAGGACCCCAUGUUGCUAUCAGGGACCCAUGUGAUGGAGGGCUCUGGACGGAUGGUAGUGACUGCUGUGGGGGUGAAUUCUCAGACCGGCAUUAUCUUCACCCUGCUGGGGGCUGGCGGUGAGGAGGAAGAGAAGAAAGACAAGAAAGGUGUGAAGAAGGGGGAUGGCCUUCAGCUACCAGCGGCCGAUGGGGCAGCAGGUUCAAAUGCUACAGAUAGUGCAAAUACCAGCCUAGUCAAUGGUAAAAUGCAAGAUGGCAAUGUGGACGCCAGCCAGAGCAAAGCCAAACAGCAGGACGGGGCAGCCGCCAUGGAGAUGCAGCCCCUCAAGAGUGCUGAGGGUGGCGACGCUGAUGACAAAAAAAAGGCCAACAUGCACAAGAAGGAGAAAUCCGUGCUGCAGGGCAAGCUCACCAAGCUGGCUGUGCAGAUCGGCAAGGCAGGUCUGGUGAUGUCGGCCAUCACGGUCAUCAUCCUGGUCCUCUACUUCACCGUGGACACCUUCGUGGUCAACAAGAAGCCAUGGCUACCCGAGUGCACGCCCGUCUACGUGCAGUACUUUGUCAAGUUCUUCAUCAUCGGCGUGACGGUGCUGGUGGUCGCCGUGCCGGAGGGGCUCCCUCUGGCCGUCACCAUCUCGCUGGCCUACUCAGUGAAGAAAAUGAUGAAAGACAACAACCUGGUACGUCACCUGGAUGCCUGUGAGACCAUGGGCAAUGCCACCGCCAUCUGCUCAGACAAGACAGGCACGCUGACCACCAAUCGCAUGACAGUCGUGCAGGCCUACGUUGGCGAUGUCCACUACAAGGAGAUCCCUGACCCCAGUUCCAUCAACACCAAGACCAUGGAGCUGCUCGUCAACGCCAUUGCCAUCAACAGCGCCUACACCACCAAGAUUCUGCCCCCAGAGAAGGAGGGUGCCCUGCCUCGGCAAGUGGGCAACAAGACGGAGUGCGGCCUGCUGGGCUUCGUGCUGGACCUGAAGCAGGACUACGAGCCCGUGCGCAGCCAGAUGCCGGAGGAGAAACUGUACAAGGUGUACACCUUCAACUCCGUGCGCAAGUCCAUGAGCACAGUCAUCAAGCUGCCCGAUGAGAGCUUCCGCAUGUACAGCAAGGGCGCUUCCGAGAUCGUGCUCAAGAAGUGCUGCAAAAUCCUCAAUGGGGCAGGGGAGCCUCGGGUCUUCCGGCCCCGUGACCGGGACGAGAUGGUGAAGAAGGUGAUCGAGCCCAUGGCCUGCGAUGGGCUCCGAACCAUCUGUGUGGCCUACCGCGACUUCCCCAGCAGCCCCGAGCCCGACUGGGACAAUGAGAAUGACAUCCUCAAUGACCUAACCUGCAUCUGUGUGGUGGGCAUUGAGGACCCCGUGCGGCCCGAGGUUCCAGAAGCCAUCCGCAAGUGCCAGCGGGCAGGUAUCACCGUCCGCAUGGUCACUGGUGACAAUAUCAACACGGCCCGGGCCAUCGCCAUCAAGUGUGGCAUCAUCCAUCCUGGGGAGGACUUUCUGUGCCUGGAGGGCAAGGAGUUCAACCGGAGGAUCCGCAAUGAGAAGGGGGAGAUUGAACAGGAGCGAAUUGACAAGAUCUGGCCAAAGCUCCGGGUGCUGGCUCGCUCGUCCCCCACGGAUAAGCAUACCCUCGUCAAAGGCAUCAUCGAUAGCACACACACCGAGCAGCGCCAGGUGGUGGCCGUGACCGGGGAUGGCACCAACGACGGGCCUGCACUCAAGAAGGCCGACGUGGGCUUCGCCAUGGGCAUCGCAGGCACGGACGUGGCCAAGGAGGCCUCAGACAUCAUCCUAACGGAUGACAACUUCAGCAGCAUCGUCAAGGCAGUGAUGUGGGGCCGCAACGUCUAUGACAGCAUCUCCAAAUUCCUGCAGUUCCAGCUGACGGUCAACGUGGUGGCUGUGAUCGUGGCCUUCACAGGUGCCUGCAUCACGCAGGACUCCCCUCUGAAGGCCGUGCAGAUGCUCUGGGUAAACCUCAUCAUGGACACGUUUGCCUCACUGGCGCUGGCCACUGAGCCACCCACCGAGACCCUGCUUCUGAGGAAGCCAUAUGGCCGCAACAAGCCCCUCAUCUCACGGACCAUGAUGAAGAACAUCCUGGGCCACGCCGUCUACCAGCUCACCCUCAUCUUCACCCUGCUCUUUGUUGGCGAGAAGAUGUUCCAGAUCGACAGCGGGAGGAACGCGCCCCUGCACUCGCCACCCUCGGAACACUACACCAUCAUCUUCAACACCUUCGUCAUGAUGCAGCUCUUCAAUGAGAUCAACGCCCGCAAGAUCCACGGCGAGCGCAAUGUCUUCGAUGGCAUCUUCCGGAACCCUAUUUUCUGCACCAUCGUGCUGGGCACCUUUGCCAUCCAGAUAGUGAUCGUGCAGUUUGGGGGAAAGCCAUUCAGCUGCUCUCCACUGCAGCUGGACCAGUGGAUGUGGUGCAUAUUCAUCGGGUUAGGAGAGCUCGUCUGGGGCCAGGUCAUCGCUACCAUCCCGACCAGCAGGCUCAAGUUCCUCAAGGAGGCGGGCAGGCUCACGCAGAAGGAGGAGAUCCCGGAGGAGGAGCUCAAUGAGGACGUGGAGGAGAUAGACCACGCCGAGAGGGAGCUGCGGCGAGGCCAGAUCCUGUGGUUCCGAGGCCUGAAUCGGAUCCAGACCCAGAUUCGCGUCGUGAAGGCGUUCCGUAGCUCUCUCUAUGAAGGUCUAGAAAAGCCUGAGUCUCGAACCUCCAUCCAUAAUUUCAUGGCUCACCCCGAAUUCCGGAUCGAAGAUUCACAGCCCCACAUCCCCCUCAUUGACGACACCGACCUGGAAGAAGAUGCCGCCCUCAAGCAGAACUCGAGCCCUCCGUCAUCGCUCAACAAGAACAACAGCGCCAUCGACAGCGGGAUCAACCUAACGACCGACACAAGCAAAUCAGCUACCUCUUCAAGUCCAGGGAGCCCCAUCCACAGCCUGGAGACGUCGCUUUAGCUGAGGACCCCACCGCCACCCACCC